CGCCACUUUUUCCCGGCCAUAGCUUCGCCCUCGAUCUGUGGUCUAUUUUCUUCCGUCGUAGCCAAAACUUGCUUGUUUGUUUCUUUGGCAAGCCCUUUCAUAUUCGCAAUGCCUAUUCUCAAAGGCGAGUCCAUGGCUGAGACCAGUCCCGAGGCCCUGGAUUUCUCCAAAGCCCUCGACGUGCUCAAGAACGAGUACCCUGAGCGCGACGGGAUCCACGUCAAAACGCUCCUUAAUUCCAAGGUCAACGGAGGUCUGACAUACAACGAUUUCCUCAUGGUUCCAGGAUACAUCGGUUUCCCUGCCUCCGAUGUCACCCUUGACACUCCAGUUACCAAGAGAAUCACCCUCAAGACUCCCUUCGUCUCCUCCCCCAUGGACACGGUGACUGAACACAACAUGGCUAUCCACCUCGCGCUCCUUGGUGGACUGGGUGUCAUCCAUCACAACUGCUCCGUGGACGAGCAAGCGGAGAUGGUACGUAAGGUCAAGCGAUUCGAGAACGGCUUCAUUCUGGACCCUGUUGUUAUCUCGCCGCAGACUACCGUCGCAGAGGCAAAGGCCUUGAAGGAGAAGUGGGGUUUCGGUGGCUUCCCCGUCACAGAGAACGGCACCCUUCGUUCGAAGCUCGUUGGCAUAAUCACUCCACGUGAUGUUCAGUUCCACGACAACCUGAAUGAUCCUGUUACUGCUGUCAUGUCCACUGAUCUGGUCACUGCUCGCCAGGGCAUCGAUCUCCAUGAGGCCAACAACAUCCUCAGCAAGUCCAAGAAGGGCAAGCUCCCCAUCGUUGAUGAAUCGGGAAACCUCAUUGCCUUGCUUUCUCGCUCCGACCUGAUGAAGAAUCUUCACUACCCGCUGGCCUCCAAACUCCCUCACUCGAAGCAGCUGAUUUCCGCAGCCGCCAUUGGCACUCGUCCCGAAGACAAGAUUCGUCUUCAAAAGCUGGUCGAUGCCGGCCUCGAUAUUGUCGUGCUUGACAGCAGCCAGGGCAACAGUAUGUACCAAAUCGAGAUGAUCAAGUAUGUCAAGGAGAAGUACCCAGGCCUCGAUGUGAUUGGCGGAAACGUCGUCACCCGGGAGCAAGCCGCUUCUCUGAUUGCUGCUGGAGUUGACGGCCUCCGCAUUGGUAUGGGCAGCGGAAGCGCUUGUAUUACGCAGGAGGUCAUGGCAGUUGGUCGGCCGCAAGCUACCUCAGUCUACAACGUCACCCAGUUUGCCAAGCGAUUUGGUGUUCCUUGCAUCGCUGAUGGCGGAAUUCAGAACGUCGGCCACAUCGUCAAGGGUCUCGCUCUCGGUGCAACUACCGUCAUGAUGGGCGGUCUGCUUGCUGGCACCACCGAAUCUCCCGGCCAAUACUUCGUCAGCCGUGACGGUCAGCUCGUCAAGGCCUAUCGUGGUAUGGGGAGUAUCGAUGCCAUGGAAGACAAGAAGGCAGGUGCUGGUAGCAAGAAUGCAAAGGCAAGCAACGCUGGUACUGCCCGUUACUUCUCUGAGGGGGACCGCAUCCUCGUCGCUCAGGGUGUUUCCGGAUCCGUUCAGGAUCGUGGCUCAAUCACAAAGUUCGUCCCGUACCUGAUGGCAGGCGUUCAACACUCUCUCCAGGACAUUGGCGUUAAGAGCUUGACGGAGCUGAGAGAGGGUGUGGACAACGGCACGGUCAGGUUUGAGCUGAGAACCGCCAGCGCUCAGGCUGAGGGUAACGUGCAUGGGUUGCACAGCUUCGAUAAGAAGCUCUAUUCGUAG